CGGCGCCUCCCCUCUCCGCCCAAAACAUCAUCAGCUGCAUCCCCAUCCCAAUCUGAAUCUGAAUCCCACUCCCUCGAAGCUGUUGCAACGUUCAACAGCAGAGCAGCUAGUAACCACUACUAGCUGGAUUCGUCGCACACCAGGAGCCAGGAGCAUUCCGACCAUGUUUUUAAGAUAAUGUGCACAUGUCCGCCAUCCCAGUCUCUGAACUGGGGCUCAACGCGACCGAGAGCAGAUAUCUUCAGCAACAGAUUGCCGCGUCGCAGCAGGGCAGCAAUUCGAGUCGCGCUGCUUCCCGCGCCUCUAGCCAAGGCCGUCUCCUCCUGGAUCCUUCCAAUUUGCAGGCGCUCGGCGCCCACUUUGACCGUCUGAUGUACUCGAUUCAGCAGCGAUGGCAGUAUAGUCUGAAGAAGAGCGACGCCCCCCAGACCCUGAAGAAGCGCAAUGCUGACAGCCAGCUCCAGCUCACGCAGCAGACACAAAUAGCAACUCAAGUGCAGUACGACCGCGCGGGUAACGCAAUGCAGAUGGCCGAUGCCGAAAUCGCCCGCUUCCGCGCCAUUCUCCGCGAAAUCGACGAGCUCCAGGACGAAUUCGACAAAGUGCGUCGCAUUGGAGAGAUUGUCAAGGGUUUCAAGUCGCGCGUCGAGCAUCUGAAUCGCCGCAUCUGA